GAGACACUGGUCUAUAAGAUUGUGAUCGGCAAUCCCUAAGGAGGUGUCAUGGCGGCCAGGAUUGUGGCUUCAUUCACUUCAAUGGAACUGGGCUGCAAUACCACACACAACCUGUGGACAAAGAGUGGCGCUGUUUUUCUAAUCCUAGAGACUUCCUCGGCCAGUGGAUGGAGUAAUGUGUAACCAAUGGUGGACGCCCAGACUGCAUACAAAUGUCGAUGGUGUUAACCCCUUCAGAUAUACUCCAUGCUCCUCAGCCAAUCACAAAGUCCGUGAGAGACUUUAUUCCGGAUGGUUGGGCGUGUUCCUCCAGCACAGAGGUUGUCACCUGGGGUGGGGAACGCUAGUCGCAUUGUUGACAUUGCGGUUGGACUAUGUCUUAGGAGAUCCCCGGUGGUUUAUAGGGUCAGACGCCUUUAGCUGCAGCCACUAGAGGUUGAGGCGUCCAUUGUUCUACUCUAUAGGAUUCCUGUAAGAACAGGGACCUUGUAUGGACCUCGUGUCCAGAUGUCAUAGGGUCCAUCCUCGCCCAUCUACACGCUAUGGAUCCCACCUGUAGGACCUCUCCCAAACCGUAUCUAUCGUAUUCCAUCGAGGAGAUACUGAAGAAACCGGGGUCUUCAUCCAAGGAGAACAUCAACCUGGAAUGUUCCUCAAGGAUGGAUCCUCAAGACUUGGCGGCGAAAACACCUGUUUUACGGAACGUUAGUAAGUGCUCAGACAUGAUGUCCCCGCACAAUCUCAGUUCUCAUUCGGACUUUAGUGAGAAUUGUUCUUCAUCAGGGUCACAUGACGGUGAUGAGGAUCUCAGUGACUCCGCACACACCAGUCCCCACAGUGAACGCAAGAACAAAAGGCGGAUUAGAACCACGUUCACCAUGGAGCAACUGCAGGAGCUGGAGAGGAUCUUCCAUGUGACACAUUACCCGGACGUUCAGACAAGAGACAAGCUGGCCGCCAAGAUCAAACUCCCCGAGACACGAGUCCAGAUUUGGUUUCAGAACCGGCGCGCUAAAUGGCGGAAGUACGAAAAACUUGGCAACUUUGGAGGCCUCCAGCACCUCACUGCACUAGACAUUGUGCCAGCGCCAAAAGCCAACUCUACGGACUUCACUCUACAUAUGAAGACGUUUCCAGAUCUUGAAUCGACACCUGGGUAUUAUUUACCUUUUCAAGGUCCCUUUACAUCCAGGGUAGCCUUGGUGCCCCACUUGGGCUCCACACGAACAUCACUGACACCAUCACCCUACUACUUUCCUUUACCCCAUGGAAUGGGCUACAGGGGUGUCCUGGCUACACCAACGUAACCUCAGGA